AGGAUGAGCGCGGAGGCGGGCGGCAAGCCCCUCAAGGUGGGCUCCCGCGUGGAGGUCAUCGGCAAGGGGCACCGCGGCACCGUGGCCUACGUGGGCGCCACGCUCUUCGCCACCGGCAAGUGGGUCGGCGUCAUCCUGGACGAAGCCAAGGGCAAGAACGACGGCACCGUGCAGGGCAGGAGGUACUUCACGUGCGAGGAGAACCACGGCAUCUUCGUGCGGCAGUCGCAGAUCCAGGUUUUCGAGGAUGGAGCUGAUACCACGUCCCCCGAAACGCCCGAAUCUUCGGCCUUGAAGGUCCCCAAGAGAGAUUCCCUGGAAGCGGCCAAGGGCAGCAAGCUGCCCACGCGGAGCAGCAGCUCGGCGGCCGGCAGCGCGGCGGGGCCCUCGGGCUCGGCCUCGGCCUCGGCCGGGGAGAUGAGCAGCAGCGAGCCCAGCACGCCCGCGCAGACGCCGCUCGUGGCGCCCAUCAUCCCCACGCCCGCCCUGGCCUCGCCGCUGGCGCCUCCGGUGCCGUCGCCCACCAAGGAGGAGGAGAACUUGCGUGCUCAAGUCAGGGACCUGGAGGAGAAGCUGGAGACUCUGAAGAUAAAGCGAAAUGAAGACAAGGCAAAACUUAAGGAGCUGGAGAAGUACAAAAUCCAGCUGGAGCAGGUGCAGGAAUGGAAAAGCAAGAUGCAGGAGCAGCAGGCUGAUCUUCAGAAGCGUCUGAAGGAGGCCAAAAAGGAAGCCAAAGAUGCCCUGGAGGCCAAGGAGCGCUACAUGGAGGAGAUGGCCGACACCGCCGAUGCCAUCGAGAUGGCCACGCUGGACAAGGAGAUGGCCGAGGAGCGAGCGGAGUCCCUGCAGCAGGAGGUGGACUCACUCAAGGAGAAGGUGGAAUAUCUCACCAUGGACCUGGAGAUCCUCAAGCACGAGAUAGAAGAGAAAGGCUCAGAUGGAGCAGCGUCCAGUUACCAGGUCAAGCAGCUGGAGGAGCAGAACGCGAGGCUCAAGGAAGCUCUUGUAAGGAUGAGGGACUUGUCGGCGUCCGAGAAGCAGGAGCACGUGAAGCUUCAGAAGCAAAUGGAGAAGAAGAACACGGAGCUGGAGUCCCUGCGGCAGCAGCGGGAGAAGCUGCAGGAGGAGGUGAAGCAGGCGGAGAAGACGGUUGAUGAGCUGAAGGAGCAGGUUGAUGCUGCUUUGGGUGCCGAAGAGAUGGUGGAGACUCUGACAGAGAGAAACUUAGACCUGGAAGAGAAGGUCCGGGAGCUGCGCGAGACCGUCGGAGACCUGGAAGCCAUGAACGAGAUGAACGACGAGCUGCAGGAGAACGCCCGCGAGACCGAGCUGGAGCUGCGCGAGCAGCUGGAUAUGGCAACGGCGCGGGUGCGCGAGGCCGAGAAGCGCGUGGAGGCCGCGCAGGAGACCGUGGCUGACUACCAGCAGACCAUCAAGAAGUACCGCGAGCUGACUGCGCACCUGCAGGACGUGAACCGCGAGCUCAUGAGUCAGCAGGAAGCUUCUGCUGAGAAGCAGCAGCAGCCUCCCCCGGAGAUGUUUGACUUCAAGAUCAAGUUUGCUGAGACGAAGGCGCACGCCAAGGCCAUCGAGAUGGAGCUGCGGCAGAUGGAGGUGCAGCAGGCCAACCGGCACGUCUCCCUGCUCACGUCCUUCAUGCCCGACAGCUUCCUGCGCCACGGCGGCGACCACGACUGCGUCCUCGUGCUGCUGCUCAUCCCGCGGCUCAUCUGCAAGGCCGAGCUCAUCAGCAAGCAGGCGCAGGAGAAGUUCGAGCUGAGCGAGAACUGCGCGGAGCGCAGCGGGCUGCGGGGCGCGCCGGGCGAGCAGCUCAGCUUCGCCGCCGGCCUCGUCUACUCGCUGAGCCUGCUGCAGGCCACGCUGCACAAAUACGAGCAGGCCCUGAACAAGUGCAGCGUCGAGGUGUACAAGAAGGUGGGGAUGCUCUACCCCGAGAUGAGUGUCCACGAGCGCUCCCUGGACUUCCUCAUCGAGCUGCUGCACAAGGACCAGCUGGAUGAGACGGUCAACGUGGAGCCGCUGACCAAGGCUAUCAAAUACUACCAGCACCUCUACAGCAUCCACCUGGCUGACCAGGCUGAGGACUGCACCAUGCAGCUGGCCGACCACAUCAAGUUCACGCAGAGCGCCUUGGACUGCAUGGGCGUCGAGGUGGGCCGGCUGCGCUCCUUCCUGCAGGCUGGGCAAGAGGCCUCCGACCUGGCCAUCCUGCUCAAGGACCUGGAGACGUCGUGCAGCGACAUUCGCCAGUUCUGCAAGAAGAUCAGGCGCCGCAUGCCAGGCACGGACGCUCCGGGCAUCCCCGCGGCGCUCGGCUUCGGGCAGCAGGUGUCGGACACGCUGCUGGAGUGCCGCAAGCACCUCACCUGGGUGGUGGCCGUGCUGCAGGAGGUGGCCGCCGCGGGCGCCCAGCUCAUCGCCCCACUGGCUGAGAACGAGGGCCUGCAGGCCCUGAAGCUGGAGGACUUGGCCUUCAAGGCCAGCGAGCAGAUCUACGGUGCCCAGGGCAUCAACCCCUACGAGUGCCUGCGCCAGUCGUGCAGCAUCCUCAUCGCCACCAUGAACAAGAUGGCCACGGCCAUGCAGGAGGGCGAAUACGAUGCUGACAGGCCCCAGACCAAGCCCACGCCGCCGGCCGAGCUCCGCGCAGCCGCUCUGCGCGCAGAGAUCACCGAUGCCGAGGGGCUGGGGCUCAAGCUGGAGGACAGGGAGACGGUCAUCAAAGAGCUGAAGAAGUCCCUCAAGAUCAAGGGCGAGGAGCUCAGCGAGGCCAACGUGCGCCUCAGCCUCCUGGAGAAGAAGCUCGACAGCGCCUCCAAGGACGCUGAUGACCGCGUGGAAAAGAUACAGACCAAGCUGGAUGAGACCCAGACGCUGCUCAAGAAGAAGGAGAAGGAGUUUGAAGAGACCAUGGACGCCUUGCAGGCAGAUAUCGACCAGCUGGAGUCAGAAAAGGUGGAGCUGAAGCAGCGCCUCAACAACCAGUCCAAGAGAACCAUCGAGGGCCUGCGUGGCGCCCCGGCCUCCGGAGUGGCCUCCAUCGUGUCUGGCAUCGCAGGAGGUGUGGGCGCCGCGGCAGCGCCCGCAGGCGGCGCGGGGCCCGUGCAGGUGAAGGACUCGCCGCUGCUCCUGCAGCAGAUCGACGCCAUGCGCCUCUCCAUCAAGCACCUCAAGAACGAGAACAACCGGCUCAAGGGAGCCCAGAUGAAGAUGGAGCUGGCGGGACUGGCGCCCCUGCACGUGCCCAAGCUCUCGCUGCCCAAGGACAGACAGGGCGAGGAGGUGGCCUCGGGCAGCCUUUACCGCAAGACCAGCCAGCUGCUGGAGACGCUGCACCAGCUGAGCGCCAACGCCAGGGUGGUGGACAUCACCCGCAGGAAGGCGGCAGGGAGCCCGGCCGCGCGGCUGCUGGAGCAGACGGCCCGUCUCAAGGCGCUCAGCGACAGCAUCGACAAGCUGCGGGACGAGGUCAUGAAGGAGACGGUUCUGCAGCACCCGGGCGCCAGCGUCCCCACCGACUUCGCCACCUUCCCCUCCUCGUCCUUCCUCAAGGCGCGCGAGGAGCAGCGCGAGGACACGGUCUACGUGGGCAAGGUGACGUUCCCGUGCGCGCCGGGCCGCGGGCAGCUGCACCGGCUGGUGCUGAGCGGGGAGCAGCUGCUCGCGCUGCACGGCCGCCUGCUGGCCUGAGCCCCCCCGCGCCCCCCAGC